AUGCGAGGCGUUGUGAUACGAAGCGUUAAUGAUACAAAAGGGUGGUUGGUUGCCACUUUAAUAAAGGGUCAUGGAAGAAAUGAGGUCCAGAUUUUAACUACCAAAGAAGACUUGAAAAAGUUGGAAAAUAAACUAGAAUUUCAGCAGGAUGAACACAUUUUAUACCUGAGAUGGAUCCAGAGAUCCAAGAGUGUAGAUCAGAAGGUGCGCAAGAGAAAGUCAAACGACAAGCCGGAUGGUAUAAGCAAAAUGAAUUUUGACUAUCUGGCGGUUCUUCUGGCAACAGGUGAAAUUUUGGUUUACUCACCUGAUUCAAAGGAAUUUGUCACAAAAAUGUCGAAUGAGUCUCCACUUUCAUGUAUUUGCUAUGGUGGUGCAUCUUCCAUUAUUCUUGGGUAUGCACCAAGUGAAUCAGAAAUUAAGAAGUACAAUAUUUUAGAUAGUCGGCCAUUGGAAACAUACCAUGCUAAGAUCGGUAAGGAUAUCCAUCUAAUGCAAUUACUGAAUGAUGGGUUGAUUGCCUUUGCUUCAGAGAAUUUGAUCGUUUAUAACGAUGAAGAUCGUGAAAUAAACUACACAAUCGAAGCUCCAAGAACACAUAGAAACCAGAUUCUCCAAAUACUAAAAUCUCGCUUGAACGGCAACCUAAUGGCAAUAUCCAGAGAAAUGGAUCCUACCAUAAACAUUAUUUCACUUGAGGAGCAGAAAAUCAUGGCUACUUUGAGAUGUAAAGGUCACGUUCUUUCCCUGGUGGCGAUAAGGUCAAAGAAGACAAAGGAAGAGAUCCUUGUUGCAGUUACAGAUAAGGGAAGAAUCGAGAUGUUUAGAGAUGCCUUCAACGAAAAUGGCCGGCGUCAAAAGGCCUGCGAUGCUGUUUUACAGACAGACAAACAGUUGGAGUUGAAUGGUAUUAUAUGCACCGAUGGAAAGCUCAGCGUUUCUUACUUUGAUGGAUAUCAGAUGAAGCUAUCUCCUCUCACCAUUUCUGAUCCUGGUGUGCUUAGUGGUAUCAUGACGAUUAAAUUGGGAGAAUCAAGAGAAGAAAGCCAAGCAAUUGUCAUUGAUUUAGACAGGGAAGAAACGGCAGAGAGUGCAAAAGAGAGUGCUCCUAGUGCGGUUAAAAGUUCUGCUUCAGCUAAAAAUGAAAAAGCUGCCAAGCGGUCUUCUUCUGAUGCUGAUGGGCUCAAUACAGAAGUUUUGCCAUCUCUGGAUGAUCCCCAAGAGUUAUACGAGGCUCUUGUGAAGAAUAUGGAAAGUAGAAAGACUUUAAAAAGUUUGUUGCUACAGAACGAGAAGUUAACAAAGCAGUCUUUGUACCUUCUUUUGGAUGAAGAAGCUAACACUUUGUUUCAGCAGCUAACAGUGCUUAUAUGUGAGAACUCUAAUGGAAGCGAAAAGCUCAUAGAGGUGGUUGGUUUGCUUCUAAUCCUCAAGGGCUCGUAUAUAGUGAAAGAUUAUGAUUCCGUGGAACUUUUGAAGUUAUUACGGUCUUCGUUGGUUAGUAAUUUGAAGUUGCUGCCAUCUCUUUUGGGACUUCAGGGAAGAUUGUCUCUUUUAAACUCUCAACUUAAGCUUAGAUCAGAAAUGGCACUACAAAGUGAUAGCCAGGGGAAAGAUACUCAAGAGGAUGAAAGCGAGGAGCCUAGAGCUGAUUCUCUAAAUACUUUGAUAAAUCAUGCAGUUAUUGUUGAUGGUGAACGUCAUGAGUUUGGGGAUUCUGCGAAGAAUAAUGAAGCAUCUGAAUAUAUAGAAGAAGAAGGUGAGCCAGAUCUUGCAGAUCUUACACUUCAGUCCUCUCCUACAAAAGCUUAG